CGAGAAAAAUAUAAUAAGGGUGUGUGUCUGACUAUAGAAUCAUACGUUAUAAAACACUUAAUUUUAUCUUAAUUUAUAUUCAUCUUCGGAGUUCACUUCUUGUACUAACACUUCCGAAACAGAGGGGGCGAUAUCUAGCUGUUCGAGGGUGUAAGGCGUAGAAGAAAAGAAAGAAACUUAGCAUUUAGUAGUUAUGUUGGAGGAGUGAGAUUGAAACUCGUAUGACGUGAUUGACCAUAAACGAGAAGAAACUCAUAUGACAGGUGUAACGUUAUAUGUUUCGUUUGUUAUUUUGAGAAAAGAUGUCGGGUGUUCCAGCACGGAUUUUAUUUUAUCCAACACUCGCUUACAAUGUUGUCAUGGAAAAGAUCAGCGCGAGACAAUGGUUUAAUCGUGUAGAUCAGACUGUCAUACUCGGUGCCCUUCCGUUCAAGUCAAUGACAGAGGAGUUGGUCCAAAAAGAGAAAGUAAGAGGUGUCAUUACCAUGAACGAAGAAUAUGAAACUAAAUAUUUCUGCAAUUCAGCUGAGGAGUGGCAGACUGUAGGAGUGGAGCAAAUCAGACUCAGUACAGUGGACAUGGUAGGUGUUCCCACUCUAGAGUACAUCCACAGGGGUGUGGAAUUCGCCUUAAAACACAGAGAGGAAGGUACCAGUGUCUACAUUCACUGUAAGGCCGGCCGCUCACGGAGUGCAACUAUUGCAGCUGCAUACCUCAUCAGGCUUCACGGCUGCACCCCAGAGGAGGCAUAUAAGAUGUUGGCCUCAAUCCGGCCUCAUGUGCUGAUCCACUCAGGACAGAUGGAGAUGCUACAGAAGUACCAUAAGGAAGUGUUUUGCUCUGAGUCCCAAUAGAAGACAUAUAAAUGCUGGAAUCUAUGCUCAAUCCAUAGUAAUCUGUGUAAAACAUUGUCAUUUUUCUAAAACUUGUCUCCUGUAGAUCUUAAAUAGGUUUUUUUUUCUUGUUGUAUUGUGUUCUUGAUAUAGACUCAACUAUAGUGAAAUUUGUGUGUUGUACAUAAAUGCAGGCACAUUCUAUAUUAAGUAAACAUUUGGCAUCGUGUUUACAUAAAACUGUGAUUAUGUCCUCCGGUCAACAGCUGUGUUGUGAAUAAAACAAGCUUGUUCUAUCCUCUUUAUAUUUAGUUUUUUUAGGCAGUACAUUCAUAUUAUUUUUUACUGAUUUUAAUAUGGCCACAUCUGUUUUAUCCGGAGUGAAUUAGUAUUACCAUCUGUGCACAACAAUCUUUUCCUUUUUAUUAUUCUUUUUUUUUGUUUAAACAAUACACUGGGUUGAAUGGUGGGUUUAUUUUAAUGCCAGAUCUACAUCAAUCAAUGACCAGAGUCUUUGUUUGAUAGAAUGACUUCUGUAUAGCAUCAUUGUACAACUUUAGGUAAUCGUUUUGCACUGUAUUAAAACCGAGACAUCUCUUUUCGUACUGACUUCUGAGAUCGUUUAAAUAAACAUGAAAAACAACGAAA